AUGCACAUUAGUAUACACUCUAAACAAAUUUCACAACAUAUACUAUAUUUGUUAACGCAAAAAACGCGUAAAAUAGCUUCAAAAACAAAUAAUUUAACAAUUUUACUGAAAAAUAUUUUGGAUUCAGCCAGAAAUCAAUCCAACGCUGAUAUAUACAAUGACUGUACUCCGCUUUAUCUACUCAAAAUACAAUCCACAGCAUUAAUAAGUAAAGUUAACUCACUUAACCAUAUAGACAAAGAAACUAGGUCGGUAAUCGGUAAAACUGCACUGGCAUUGUUACACUGUUAUUCCAAUAAUGGAUAUCUAGACCCAGACUUUGCUAGUUUGUUACUAAACAACAUUUAUCUAAAAGGUUGCAGCCCUAGGGCCAUACUAACAAUAUUAGAAUCACUACAUAAAAGUGACUUAUUGAAUGACAGAAUAUAUACUAUUUUUAACCAGUUAUUGACAAACCAGAAAACACUAGUUUCACUUGCCGCGCAAGAUUUAUGUCAAUUACUGUGGCGAUUCAUUGCAAUACACGAAAUCUACCCCUUUUACACCUGCUACAAGUACUAUUACACAAUAGGUACUCUGAUUAUGCAUUGCAGGAAAAGAAUUCGUUAUUGCUUACGCAAGGGGAAUGAUGAGGAUAGGAUAGCAUGGUCAAUUGUCGGUGGGAAUAGGGCUUUGGAAGAUUUUUCAAUGGCAAUAAAAUUAUUUUCACAUAGCAGUUACUGCAAAAGUGGCUGCAUUGUAACAUAUGAUGACCAUGUGAUCCGCAAUAACUUACGUAAGUUACAUAUGAGACAACUAAUAGCUAUGAACGAAUUACUGAAAACCCCACUUAGGGGUCAAUAUCGUCAUACGAAUACUAGUGACACGGCCAAAAAGGUUAUAAAUUCUCUUCAAGAGUUGUUACAGGUUAAUGAGUUUAGUGAUUUAUUCGGUGGCAAUUCCAAAAUCUGUUACGAAUUGCCAGUCAUGGGUACCAGAUAUUCUAUUGACAUAUUGCUUUCUAGGUAA